AAGAAGACGAAGACAACAUCGCGAGACUUCCAACUUCUCGUUCUGUGCUCUGGUUAGCUAUGCUACCUCUCAGCUCCGCAUGAGCAUCAGAAGCCCUCCGACGGCCUCCAGAGAAGAGCUUCCCUCUGACCCCAGUCCUUCAGGCCCUUUAGAGACCGCCUCUUUCUCUUGACCUUUGACCCUCUUUCCUGACGAGCCGCCGCGGCGUCAUGUCUCAGAAGUCGCAGUCCGAAGGUCCGAAACACUUCUCCGCGGGCCGCGGGCUGCUGGCCGCCGCCGAGACCUUGAACUUCAGCACGAACGACCAGCGAUCCGGCCGGCAGAUGGGAGGCGUGGCCUCGGGGUUGGGCGGCGGCGCGGCCCACCGGGCCGGCGGCUCCCAGAUGUCCCGGCGCGGCGCCCACAUCGGCAACACUUUGAAGCUGUUCGCCAGCUUGGGGCUGUCGUCCUCCGACCUGGACGCGCUGGCCGAGAUCCCGGAAGAGGACAUCAGCGUGGAGACGCUGCCGCGCAUCCUCGCGCAGCUCAAGAGCCGCAAGGCGGCGGCCGAGCGGCGCGGGGCCGCCGGGUACGGAGGAGGACGGGGCGGCUGGGACGGCGUGCGCACGGGGAGGACGGGCCCCUCGGCCCGGGCUCAGAGCUCGGCCGACUUCGGCUACGGCCCGCCGCCGGACGGCGCCCCCGGCCAGGGCUACGGCGCGGGUUACGGCGGCAGGGAGAGGCCGUACCCGGAGCUUUCCCACCACGACUCCUACGGCGGCGGGGCGGCGCCGGCCGACCCCGGCUUCAGGCAGUGGAGGAUCGGCCCCCCGUCCAACGGAAAGGUCCAAGACUUCUUGGGGGCCGCGCCCCACAUGUUGCCCCACAUGUGCUCUCUUUGUGACUUUGACGUGCACUCCGCCAUGGAGUGGAACCAGCACACCAACGGACUCCGGCACGAUGAGAACCGGCGGCUGCUGCUCAACAUGUAUCCAGACUGGGACCCGGGGACGUCCUCGGGCCGCAGCGGGGGUCUGGCCGCGGCCCCCAACCUGUCUGCCGGGCUGCUGGGUCCGGCCCCUAUGUCUUCAUCCCACACCGCAGGAGGGAUGUCCAGCUGGGGAGGAAGAAGAGGAGGAGGAAGAGGAGGUCCUGGUCUGUCAGCAAAGAACCAGCCGGGUCAAAAUCAGGGGAGGAGCAGGGUGGUGGUGGUGAAGUACGACAGGAAGCCGCUGAGCAACCAAACCCUGUUCUCCUUCACGGAGCCCUUCGGCCGCCUGGCGGAGCACCUGGUCCUCAAGAACAAGGCCUUCCUGGAGAUGAGCACCCACGAGGAGGCCGUGGACCUGGUGACGUUCUACGAGCAGCAGCCGGCGUCUCUGUAUGGCAAGCCGCUGAGCUUCUACCUGUCCAGGAGGCUGCUGGUGAUCGAGAAAGACAAGCGUGCCGAGGCGGAGCGGCCGACCCGGGAGGUCAAAGGUCAGGGCAGCCAGGUGGUGUUCUUCUCCAACCUGCCCCGAGAGGAGGAGCGCAAGAUGGAGCUGCUGACCAUCGCCGGACGCUUCGGCACCGUGGAGAAGCACCUGUUCCUCACCGACCAGGCCUUCGUCCAGCUGGGGACUCCGGAGGACGCUGAGAUGCUGGUGAAGUACUACAGCGUGAACUCUCUGACCAUCAGAGGGAGGCCAAUCCGCCUCAACAUCUGCACCAAGUACAAGACCCUGAAAGUGAACCGGAGACAAGGAGGAGACGGCCGAAGCCAGAAGAGCAGCGGAGCCAACACCUCCUCCGGCUUAAACCCCCCCAGGGCCUCCUUCAACGCCCCCAGGACCUCCUCGUCCAAAUCCUCAUCCAGGACGAGAGAGGAGGAGGAGGAGAAGAAGAAGGAGGAGGAGGAGGAGGAGGAGGAGGAGCUGAAGCCUGAGGAGCAACCUCCAGCAGAGGAAGAGGUGUCAGGAGUGAUGGAAGGGGAGGAGGUGGAGGAGCAGGUAGCUGAUGUAGAUGCAGAGGGGGAGGAGCCAGAGGGAGCAGCAGAGGAGCAAGAGGAGGUCAAACAGGAGGAGGUUUCUGAUGACGUCACUGAAGACGCACCUGGAGAAGUGGCCGUGGCUGAAGUCAAACAGGAGGCGGAGCCAGAGGAACAGACAGAACAGACAGACGUCUGUGCUGAGGAACAUGAGAACGACGAACCGGACGCAGAACCUUCAGAGGCGCUGGAGGCCCCUCUUGAUGUGUUCGAUGGAGACUUCCUGGAGAACAUGGAGGACUUUGUGACGCUGGACGAGCUCGAGGAAGACGAGGAAGAAGAGGACGAAGCAGACGGGGAGUCUGACUCCACCGACAGCACCAGGAGAGGAGGCAUGAGGGUGGUGAACAUCGUGGGCUUCAGGCGAGGUUACAACUUCAUAAAUGAGCUUCAGGGAUUGGCCAAACCUUUUGGGAAGGUGGUGAAACAUCUGGUUCUGGACCUGAGGCCAGAGGCCUUCCUCCAGUUCUCCACAGAGGAGGAGGCUCGGGCCAUGGCGAGCUUCUACAACAGCAACAUCUCGGCGUCGGUGUGCGGCCGGCCGGUGAGGGUCAGUCACUCCAUCAGCUACCCGACCAUCCAGUGCUUCAUCGAGAUGGAGACUGCAGAGGAAGCAGAGAAGAUGGCGGAGGGUUACAAAGUGGAUCCUCCGAGGUUCAGCGGGAAACGUCUCACGGUCUACGUCAGCAGGAAGUACCGGCAGCUGAAACACGGACAUCGAUGUCCAGACCGACCCAAGAGGGACAACAGCAGCUUGUCUCCUGCAUCCUCCCAACAGCCUGAAGAACCUCCUGCCAAGAAGUCCAAGGAGGAGGAGAAGCCAAAGGAGGAGCAACAGAAGGAGGAGGAUCAGCAACAGGAGGAGAAGGAGCAACAGAAGGAGGAGGAGGCGACAGGAGAGGAAGAGGUGCAGAGUUGUGAUGACGAGACAAAAGAAGCCCCGUCCCCGGAGCAGAGUCCUGAAGGCUGUGGCCAGCCCCCGGAGGACGUGAAGCAGGAGGAGCAGGAGAUGGAGACGUCGUCCAAUCAGAACGGACACACCGAGGCCCCCCCACCAGCUGAAAACAAAUCCAACGUGGCGUCUCUGCCACUGCCCCCCCACGACCCCACGACCCCCAUCGGUGUGGAGCACGUGAAGAUGGGCUUCUACUGCCGCGUCUGCUUCCUGUUCUACUCCAACGAGGAGACGGCCAAGAAGACGCACUGCAGCAGCCGGGCGCACCACGAGCAGCUGCAGAAACAUCUGGAGAAGAAGAGAGGGAAGAAGACGAGCUCCUAGGAGGAGUCUGGAUGAAGCUCCUCUAGUCGUAUUGUUUUAGUCUGAAGGAGAAGUCUGGAUGAAGCUCCUCUAGUCGUAUUGUUUUAAUCUGAAGGAGAAGUCUGGUUGAAGCUCCUCCUCUAGUCGUAUUGUUUUAGUCUGAAGGAGAAGUCUGGUUGAAGCUCCUCCUCUAGUCGUAUUGUUUUAGUCUGAAGGAGAAGUCUGGUUGAAGCUCCUCCUCUAGUCGUAUUGUUUUAGUCUGAAGGAGAAGUCUGGAUGAAGCUCCUCCUCUAGUCGUAUUGUUUUAAGCUGAAGGAGAAGUCUGGAUGAAGCUCCUCCUCUAGUCGUAUUGUUUUAAGCUGAAGGAGAAGUCUGGAUGAAGCUCCUCCUCUUCGUCUUCCUGGAGAAACAUGUUGACGGAUUGUUUGAAUGAUUUAUUAAAUAAAGCGUUUAAAGUCU